CGAUGAGGGCGAGGGAGACGGGGAACGGAGGUGUGAGAUUUGAUGGGCUGUGCGUGAGUGUUUGGUGCACGCUUCAAAAUGAGGUGCGAACAGAAGGUAGAUCACGGGUGGGUGAGAGUAGCAAUCGCAGGACAAGAAGGCAUUACUCAUGUAUGUAAUAUUCCGUUGUUAUUAACUCAUAUGACAGACUUUGAGUUGAGUUGAUGUUUCCUGUCUUCGUGUCAGACUUGCACGAACGGAUGGAUAAAAACAAUAUUGGGCAAUAAGAGAAAAGGAAAAAGUGAUUCUUCCUGCUCCAGCUUCUGGUUCUGGUUAGGUAGUUCAGGUAGUUCAGGUUCAGGUACAGCCCAGCUCCAGCUCCAGCUCCAGCUCCAGACGACUCUCUCUCGCUUUCUUCUUGGGUUUCGUACAGCAGCAACAACAGGCAGUAGAUUGCUUUGUACAUAUUCCAGAUCUCAUUUCUUUCAGCUGGAUCUCUUCCAUUUCUUCCCUUCUUCUCCUUCCCCUUGGUUCCCUUCCCCUCCCUCUCCAUGGACGACCUCGGCGCCCAAGUUGUUCCUCCUGUUUUCAUCCACCAAACCUUCCCCACUCACUACACUGGUUUGCCUUCCACCUCCAACAAGCGCCCUUUAUCUUAUCACAAUCACCUCCACCACCACUCCCAUACUUGGAACCCUAAGACUUGGGAUUGGGAUACCGAUACGUUAUCAUCAAACCCUCCGACCCUGCGCUACUCCACUCCGCUCCAGGAUGAUCAGACUCUUCGCCUUAAUCUUGGUCCUGCUCCCAAUUUCAAUUGCGUUGAGCAGCCGCUCUCCAAACCCCCCAAAAAGCUCCGCCCUGACCCUGGAUCUCCCGCCACUGCCACCUUCCCUAUGUGUCAGGUCGAUAAUUGUAAGGAAGAUCUCUCUAAUGCCAAAGACUAUCACCGCAGACAUAAAGUUUGCCAGCUCCAUAGCAAAUCCACCAAAGCCCUAGUUGCUAAUCUGAUGCAGAGGUUCUGCCAGCAGUGCAGCAGAUUUCAUCCACUUUCGGAAUUUGAUAAUGGGAAAAGAAGCUGUAGAAGGAGACUUGCGGGGCACAACUGGCGUAGAAGGAAGACGCAGCCCGAGGAUGUAACCUCAAGGCUGACCCCGCCAGGAAGUAGAGGACCCCCAAGCGGUGGGAAUUUGGACAUCUUCAGUCUAUUGGCUGUUCUAGCUCGGGCUCAAGGAGAAAACGAAGGCCAGAGUGUAGAAAGCUUGCUGUCAGCUAAUAGUGACCAACUCAUUCAGACCCUCACUAAGGUCAAUUCACUUCCUUUACCAGCAGAGUUUGCAGCAAAGGUGCCCAAUUUGGAGAAUUUUAUGGGGAAGGCUUCUCCAGGAAGUUCUUUGCAGCACCAAAACAAAUUAAAUAGAAAUCCAUCUUCUUCUUCGACCAUGGACUUGCUCACUGUACUUUCAGCAACUUUAGUGGCAUCAGCUCCAGAUGCUCUGGCAAUGCUGUCGCAGAAGAGCAGUCCGAGUAGUGCUAGCGAAAAAACAAGGUCAUCGUGCCCCUCUGGUUCUGAUCUCCAGAAUAGGCCUCUGGAAUUUCCUUCAGUUGGAGGAGAAAGAAGCAGUACCAGUUACCAGUCUCCCGUGGAAGAAUCGGAUGGACAAGUUCAAGGAUCUCGAGUUGGUUUGCCACUUCAGCUGUUUAGCUCUUUGCCUGAACAUGGUACCCCACUGAACUUGACGGCUUCUAGAAAGUACUUUUCUUCUGAUAGCAGUAAUCCUAUUGAAGAGAGGUCUCCAUCAUCCUCACCUCCUCUCCUGCAGAAGUUGUUUCCCGUGCAAAGAUCAGAAGAAACUACCAGUAAUAGGAAAAUACCAAUCAGAAAAGAAGUUAGUGGAAUUGUUGAGGUCCCAAAGCCUCCUAGUAGCGCCAUGCCCUUUGAACUCUUUAGAGAGUCAGAUAGAGGAGGCGGCCCAAAUUUGCUUCAUACUGUUCCUUAUCAGGCUGGAUAUACUUCUUCGGGGUCUGAUCAUUCACCUUCUAAUUUAAAUUCCGAUGCUCAGGAUUGCACUGGAAGGAUAAGUUUUAAACUCUUCGACAAGGAUCCCAGUCAGUUUCCAGGGACAUUGCGGACACAAAUAUACAAUUGGCUGUCUAAUUGUCCAUCUGAAAUGGAAAGCUACAUACGGCCUGGUUGUGUGGUUCUAUCGAUUUAUAUGUCUAUGUCAUCCAUUGCAUGGGAACAGCUUGAAGAAAAUUUGGUUUUGCAUGUUAAAUCUUUGGUUCAUGGCGAAAAUCUUGAAUUUUGGAGAAGUGGAAGAUUUUUAGUCUACUCUGGGAGGCAACUAGCGUCGCACAAGGAUGGGAAGAUUCGUCUGAAUAAAUCCUCAAAAGCUUGGAGUAACCCGGAGUUAAUCUCGGUGUCACCUUUGGCUGUUGUGAGUGGACAAAAGACUUCCUUUCUAUUACGGGGAAGGAAUUUGAAAAAUCCUUGCACCAAGAUUCAUUGCACAUUUAUGGGUGGCUACAUAUCCAAAGAAGUAAUGGGAUUAAGUAGGCAGGGAACAUACGAUGAGAUACAGUCUGGAAAUUACAAAAUUGGGGAUGCAUCACCUUCCACUCUUGGUCGUUGUUUCAUUGAGGUGGAAAAUGGUUUUAGGGGAAAUAGUUUCCCCGUUAUUAUAGCUGAUUCUGCCAUCUGUAAGGAAUUGAGGCAUCUUGAGUCCGUGUUUGAUGAGUUUAGAGUAACUGAUAUCAGUUCAGAAAGCCAUUCAUGUGUUCCUUUGCAGCCGAGGCUAAAGGAUGAAACUUUGCAGUUCUUAAAUGAACUUGGAUGGCUAUUCCAAAGGGAAAGGUCGUCUUCCAAGCUAGAUAAUCCAAUUUUUCUAAUCAGGCGGUUCAAAUUUUUACUCACGUUCUCAGUAGAGAGGGACUUCUGUGCGCUACUUAAAACACUUCUUGACAUUCUGGUAAAAAAAUGCUUGAUCACAAAUGGACUAUCAAUGAAAUCCUUGGAAAUGAUAUCUGAGGUUCAGCUUUUGAACCGGGCAGUGAAAAGGAGGUGCAGGCCGAUGGUUGAUUUACUCGUCCAUUAUUAUGUAUCUGGCUUCGGUGAUGAAGAGAAAAAGUACCUCUUUCCACCAAAUGUUAUUGGUCCUGGUCGUAUUACGCCUAUGCAUUUGGCAGCUUCAAUGGCAGAUUCAGAUGAUAUGGUUGAUGCUCUGACAAAUGACCCGCUGGAGAUUGGAUUGAAUUGCUGGAGUUCCCAAGUAGAUGCAAGCGGACAGUCAGCACGGGGUUAUGCGUUGAUGAAGGGAAAUCACUCUUGUAACGAGCUGGUGGAUCGAAAACUUGGUGACAGAAAGAAGGGUCAAGUUUCAGUGAGAGUUGGGAAUGAGAUAGAGGUAGGGGUGUCAAGUAGUGAGCGGAGCAGGGUGCAAGGAAGAUGUUGCUCUAGGUGUGCAGUUGUUGCAGGAAGGUGCUACAAGAGGGUUCCUGGGAGUGGGACACACCGGUUGCUUCAUCGGCCCUAUAUCCAUUCAAUGCUUGCUAUAGGUGCUGUGUGUGUUUGCGUGUGCCUAUUCUUGCGGGGUUCCCCAGACAUUGGCUUAGUAGCACCCUUCAAAUGGGAGAACUUGAGGUAUGGGACAAUUUAGUUUGAAUAGAGCGAUGAUGUGUAAUGAAUAGAAGACAAGUGGUGGAUAAGUUGAGACGAUCUGUUGCCUUGAAAGAGAAGAGGUGAACCAGCAGCCGAGUUGUGAAGUUGAGACGGAUUAGUUAGAAGAGCAGAUAUUGUAUUAUUUGGGAGCUGCGGUGGGUUUUGAGAUAGAGGGAAGAUGCCACUGGGCGUGGAAGUUGAAUUCGAGAAAGCCGGUCGGGUUGAAGAGGAAAGGUCGGGGAAGAGAUUAUGCAAGAGGUCUGAAGAGAGGCCCCUCCCCCUCCUUUUUAGUUUCUUUUUUCUUUAUUAUGUAAGAGGUCUGAAGAGCAACUGAUAGAAGCGGCAGAGCUGGCGCGGAGGUGCCUAAAACUGAAGGGGGAAGACAGACCGACGAUGAGAGAAGUGGUGUCGUCGGAGGAGACGGAAACUUUACUGGAACGCCCACAGCAACUACACCAAACAGGGGAGAUCUGUACCCCAAUAAGGUUUUAGUAAGAAUGGAUAUUAAGUUGGUUCAGAAAAAUAAUUUUGAAAAUUUGUUUACUGUUUUGUACUGUGAGCCGUGAGGUGUGAAUGAAGCGACUUUUGUUUGAUUGAUCCCCGUUUGUGAAUGUUAAGUAACAUCCAGGUGCGAGUGUAUUAACAAAUCUAAUUAAAUAGAGGUAUAAAUUGUAGGUU